GCAUUUCCGUUUUGUAUCUAAUUCGUCGCGUUUGUGUUCCAAGUCUUUUGUUUGAGAUAUGCGCAUAAUGCGAAAAGGAAACAAAACAAAGUCUGCAUGAAUCUCGAUCGCAACUGGAUUUAGCACGCAUAUUCAGUUCGAUCGCUCAAGACUUCCGCCUACUAACUUAUAAAAAAAAUUUAGAUUUAUUUUAUCGUUCUUUCGCGCUGCCGUAAGCGUGCCAAACGUCGGAACAGAUUGAGCUUGUUGAGUGACAAUUGUUGAUUAGGCUUAAUCUAAGCAAAUUAAAACAUAAAUAAAAUGAUAGUUAAAACUGUUUAGUGGUUUAAAAAUAACUUGAAAUUAAACAUUCUGGCGCCUCAGGGUCAGCACCUAAUGAACUUUACGCUUCUGUGGAUAAUUAUCCCAGCUGCAGAGUAUUUGGAGAAUCUAUUCUAAAGAAGCUGCUAAAGCGUCUUCUCAGUUAUGCGGAACGUUUAUUUCCAUUAUACUUUUUCUGAUUUUGAGCUCACAUUUGCAUAAUAUUUUCGGAUGCCUUACUGCCGCAUGCUAGAAUCGGCCCAGACAAAUCUGACUAAGCAUAAAUCUUUAUUCCGACCGAAAGGCAAAUCAAAACAAGCGACGAAAGGUGAACAAACUAGCAAAGCGUCGGCGGCUCUGUAACGCAAUGUGUACGCAGAACUGGUUCAGUGUCGAGGACGUCACCAACGAUAGCAAGAGUUUUGCGAGCCCUCCUCAUACACACAGACACACACACACACGCCCAUUAAUUUUAUGUUGUUUCAGCUGCAAGACGAAAUGGACAAGGCGCCUUCACGGCAGCUGUCAUUCGUUCUGCUACUUGCUCUGCUGCUGCUGGGAUUGAUUGGCUGUGUGACGUCACAGCGCACGUCAUUGGAUUUGGCCUUCAGGAACGCCUACCGGCCACUGCGCUUGCUCAGCCUGGCCUUCACCGGGCGAUCCGGCGACGUGCCGGCGAACGUGCAGCGCGUGCGCAAUGCCGGCAAAACCCAAAAGUCGAAUCCGCGCACGCGCGCCCUUCUCCAGUUCUGCGACACGGAACGGGGGCCCGGCAGACGCAGUGCUGAGCGGCCGACGAGCGUGCAUCGACUGCGACCCGGCGACAUCGACAUCAUUGGCGGCAUGGGCGACUCUCUGACCGCGGGCAAUGGCAUUUUCGCCACCAACCUGGGGCACGUGACCGUGGAGAAUCGAGGCGUGGUCUGGUCCAUUGGCGGGCAAUACAAUUGGAAGAAAUAUCUCACCCUGCCCAACAUACUCAAGGAGUUCAAUCCCAAGCUCUAUGGCUACUCUCUUAGGGACGGCCUCUCCACAGAUCGCUCCUCGCGCUUCAAUGUGGCCGAGUUGGGCGCCAUGUCCCGCGACAUGCCCUACAUGGCCAAGGUGCUGGUGAAGCGCAUGAGGAACGAUCCCCACGUGAACAUGACCCGGGACUGGAAGCUGGUCACCAUGUUCAUAGGCAACAAUGACUUCUGCGCCGACAUUUGCUUCCACCCACAGCCGGAGCAGACGAUCAAACUGCACGAGCAGAACAUACUGAAGACGUAUCGCUAUCUACGGGACAAUGUGCCGCGGCUCAUGCUGAAUGUGGUGCCCGCUCCAAAUCUACGGUUUUUGACUGAGCUUUCCGGGCUGCCGCCCGUCUGUCAGACCACGUUGACCUUUGAGUGCCCGUGCCUGAUGGGCAAGAGCAAGAAGCGCUUGGAUUACUUAGAGGGCAUCAUGAAGCGUUGGAUAGCCAAAGACUACGAGAUUGCCAACUUGCCGGAGUUCAAUUCAGACACAUUCACCAUCAAUGUGCAGCCCUUCUCCCAGUUCGACGAUUUUCCGCGCACGCCCUCAGGCACGACGGACACGCGGUUCUUCUCCGAGGAUUGCUUCCACUUGAGCCAGCGCGGCCAGGCCUCGGCGGCCAAUGCGAUCUGGAACAAUAUGCUGGAGAUGCCGGGCGAGAAGAGCGGCUUCAGCGAGCACCUGUUCGAGAAGUUCAACUGCCCCACCGAGCAGCGUCCGUACCUGAUCACCAGAGUGAACAGUCGGGCCGACUUCGUCGUCUAGUCCGACAAUUGCCAGCCUUUAUAGUAGAUAACUGACAUCGACUGUGAUACGUCGCCUUAGUCUCGACCAUUUUUGUUUGUAGUAUUCGUUUACGCUUUUAUAAAUAAACGCUUAGAAAUUAGAAAACUUCA